AAACAAAGUUCAGAAAAGUGGGAAAAUAAAGCAAAAGAAUGUGAAAAACAUAGAGAACAAAUUGAAAACAGAAUAAAUGAAAUCAUAUCCUCUCACCUAAACAUCAACAUUACCAAAAUUGAAAAAAAUUUGUCAACAAUUGAGAAAUUAGAUACCAUAUUAAAUACUAUCAAACAAAAAGUUAAAGAAUGCUUGAAGCUGCUAAGUAUACCAUUUCAAACUGGUGAUAGUUUGAUGUCAAUGCUUAAAAAAUUAGUAAAAAUGCUUAAAAAAUUGGAUCCUAAAACUCAAAUAAAUGAUUCUAAAUCUUUUAAUAGAAAUCCUAGACAUGGAAGUAUGGACAUUCUAGCAAAAGCAUGUUAUAAAAAAGGUUGGGUAACAGAUUCUGAUUCUGAAUUUAAAUGCUUAAAAUUAUUAACACCUCAAAUUUCUGAUUUUAAUCCUGGAUACAAUUAUAUUGAUGACUUAGUCAAAGCUUGUUAUGACUAUGAACCAACUACUAAAAAUGAUUCUAAAUAUAAAGACAUAAAAUAUCAUAGUAAACCGACAAGUACUUUAAAUGUUUCUUUGAAUAAAAGAAACAAAGUCGUUUAUGAUUCUGAUGAACAAAAUUUUCUUGGUCUUCCUUUUAAGAUUAAAGUCGAAACAACUGAUGAAAUAGUAAGCGCAAAAUUGUCAUUUGUCAACAAAAAUGAUGGUGAAAAUAUCGAUAUUCCGAAUGGAAUCACAUGUAAAGAUUUUACAGAAAAAAGAAGAAAAUCAAAACCUCCUCUUUCUGAAUAUAAUUUUUUUUUACUUAAUUAUCCAAACAAAUAUGAUGGUUUCAAAACUGUAUUUACGUCUUUUGUAAAAAGAGAUAUCAUGUCAGAAG